UUGAGGGAGAACACUGAAGCAUCUGGACACAGAAACCCGCCCAUUCUUGGAAUUUUGAAGCUCAGAUUCCAGAAGCCUGUUGCCAAGUUCCCGCCUUCAAUUACCCUGCUUUCAGAGGCGUUGCCUUCUCAUUCUCGAGGCAAAGACAGAUGGCGUGAUAGCUGCAGCAAUAUUUUUACCAAAUAUGGAUGGGUGAUGUUAACCUAGAGGAAUCAGAUUAUUUGGCUCAUUCUGAAACCUGUCAUCAUCAGCAACGGAAUACCGGUCAUCACCGUGAACCUCCAUUCCCGCAGGAUUGUCGAUCAUGGCCCAGUCUAAAACAAAUACAACAAUAUGAAGGGAAAUUCUCGUAUUCGACAGUUUGCCAAAAUCCCCUGUCCGGACUUACAUCCGUAUCCGCAAAUCCAACCCAAAGAGGUAAUAUUUUAGUUUUGAAGAUUGCAGACAUACCUAUCAGUGUGUUAGGGAAUAGAACGGAGUUGCGGAUGAGCUUGCGGCCUCCGCCCUCACCCACGCGAUGGGCACACGGAUCCUCGAGUCUCCGCUAAUAUCAAUCCGGACGUUGCUUUGGGAAGACGAGAUUGGGGUUAGAGUUCAACGUGGUAGCGCUGCUACGGCCACGUCUGGGAACCUCCAAUAGCUGUUCUUCAG